AUGGAUGCUCAGUCUCUACCAGUCGCUCCGCAGUCGACACAACUAUUCUCUGCAGGCAAACGACAACGCGUCAAUACUGACGUUGACGAGGGGGACCUCAAGAGAAUCAAAACGAGCCCCGAAGAACCCUCCUUUUACAGCGACAAUGUGCGUCGUAAGCUUGCAGCCACGACCCGAACAGGUCAGGCAUGCGAUCGUUGCAAAGAACGAAAGAUGAAGUGCGACCCCGAUCCUAUAGCGUGUCAACCGUGUCGCCAGAAGAGUUUGAAGUGCUACACUACGGAUCGCGUCAGUGGUCAAUCAAGAGAACGUGGUCAAUGGGACAGGGCUGAGAACGAGGUUGGCUUCCUGAGAGGGCAGUUGGCCUAUUACCAAAAGAAGUACGGUCCGACUACUCAAGACGCGCUCUCUACACCAUACUCGAUGCUCUUCCAGAGUCCCUCCUGUGAACGAAGCUCAAUCACUUUGGAUGGACAUAGAGAUGCUGGAAACUCGCCGUCUCGGAGUUGCAACCUUCCCGAUCCUCAAUAUGUCGGUUGGCCUAUCUCAGACGGCACUUUGUACAAAGGCCCGGUUCAAGGUACCAAAGCAGAUAUUCUUGAUUGGGGUGUAAUGGACAGCGGUGGAUUCGAGUGCGACCUCAUGCGGCCGCCCAUGAACGAUGAUAUUGACUUCUUCAAUUUCUCUACUCCCUCGGUCCUAAAGACUAUCCACCAACGUCAGAAGAUUCAUAAAAACGAUCUACACCUGCCUACGAAAGCAGAGGCCUUGGCUAUGGCAGAGACUUUUCUGACUGUCAUGUGGCGGUACUACCCGGUUGUUCACAAGGGUGAUUUCAUUGACCUUGUCCAUCAUCUCUAUGACGAUUCCCAGCAAGUAUCGUUGUUCGAGGAGAUUCAGGUCAUUCUGGUUUUUGGAAUCUUAAAGCACCAGAACGCCAUCCGUGUGCAAGCAAAGGCUCGCUUGAUCAACGAUUCCUAUCGCUAUCUUCAUUACGGAUUGGGAAGCUUUCCUGACAUGAUGAAGAGCUCCAGCUUGGCUGCUAUGCAAACUCUGGCGCUGAUUCUAAUGCAGUUUCGGAACUUGCCAAAGCCAGGCCAUACUUGGCACCUCGCUCAAGAAAUGCUCAUCAAGUGUAUAGACUUAAAUUACCAUCGCGAUCCCGACAAAAUUGAUCUGUCUACAGAACAGCAGAAUCCGCUGGCCAAGGAGCUCAGAAAACGAGUUUUUCAUGCUAUAAUUGGCGUUUGCAUCGCAACGGGGUGUCGCCUGGGUCAACCUGCACCAUGGCAGUUCGUUCAAUGGGAUGUCCCACUUCCAAUGGCUAUUCUCGAUUCUGAAUUGUCAAGUACUGGUAUUCAAGCCCAACUUUCAGGCCGUUGUGAUUUUUGGCCUUGUAUCCAACUCUCAAAGCUCCUACCACUAUACACUGAGCUCCACAAUUAUGUCUUGUCUGUGAGACGAGAACCUGUUGAAUACCUGAAGAUUGUCGACUUGUUGCAGAACAAGAUUGACGCCUGGAGAGAGGACUGGGACACGUCUAUUGUGAAUGAAGAACCAGACGCCUCCCUCACUGUCUCUACCCUUUUGAUCGACCAGUGGGCUGCAGAGUACACCCUCAAUCUCCACCACCCCUCAGUUUGCCCUCUACAAACACCAGAAGUCCUCGAGAGAAACCUUGAACUUUGUCAUAGAGCUGCGAAGAAGAUGCUCGGCUACUUUCAUACACUAUCGAAACAAUACAAGGCAGUAGAUUUCACCUGGCACUCAGUGGUAGCAUAUACCCUUGCAUUUGGUGUAACCCUGCAUGUGUAUCGAAGGCGGAAAGGAUCCUCUGUGUCGCAGGACCAAUUUAGCAACAUCAAGAACGAGCUUGCUGGCUGGAUGUCGCUAAUGGCGUAUGCUGAUCUCGUCCUCAAGACUGAGAAACUGCUUUAUAGGCAAUUCGGCCCUCUUGUUGCUCAGGUGGAAGACGAGCUCUACGAACAGAUGAUGUCCAACGCACGCCUAGACGUACCCAGUUCGAAGUCAUUGAAGGCCAUCAAUGGAUCGAUGCCCAGCACAUCUACAACUAAACAGCAGCCAUCCCCACUACUACACAUCAACUCGACGUUUCAAGAGCAUUCCACGCCCCUCAAUGAACAGCAAACUCACUUUCCACACCAUCAGCAUUAUUCGGGGUUCGACGCAGCUUCCAACUUCCCACAAUCACAGACGCCCUUGCCUCCAGUGUCAUAUCACACGUACAACAGCACACCCGUAACGUCAUACGCACCUUUACCAACUUCACUUGCACCAUUGCUGAACGAAGCACCACCCUCUACCAUGCAGUACCAGUAUCCCACAAUCUCUGUGCAGGAUCCUGCGAUGAUGUUUUCACCUCACCUCUAUACCGAUGCGACUGCUGUAUGGCCAAUGCCUGAAGAAUAG